CGUGGCCCUAGCGGCUGAGGCGAGCGGCGGCGCGCGGGCGGUUGGUCCAGCCUUCCGUACCCACAGCCGCAGGCCGGACUCCAAGCCUUCGGAGGGUGGCUGGCGGCCGGCAUGGCUGGAAUGCCGGCGCUGGGCAGCAGGAGGCGGAGCGGGCCCCCAGUACCUUGCUCAGACCCGGCGCCCAGCACCGGGCAUCGCCCAAGCAAGCGGGCCCGGGGCUUCCCCACGGUCGCCGCACCGGACCCCGAAGACCCCUUCGGCGCGCACGGGGAUUUCACCGCCGACGACCUGGAGGAGCUCGACACCCUUGCGUCACAGGCCUUGAGCCAAUGCCCGGCCGCGGCUCGGGACGUGUCCAAUGUUCAUAAGGUCGCCAGAUUAGAUGGGAUGUCAAAAAAUCCUGCAGGGAAAAACAGAGAAAGUGUUCCAGUUAAAGAUCAUUUUGAAUUAGAGGUACUUCAGGCACAAUACAAAGAACUUAAAGAAAAGAUGAAGGCAAUGGAAGAUGAAGUCCUCAUUAAAAAUGGAGAAAUUAAAAUUUUGCGGGACUCCCUGCAUCAGACAGAAUCCAUCCUAGAGGAACAGAGAAGAUCACAUUUCCUUCUUGAGCAAGAGAAAACUCAAGCACUCAGUGACAAAGAAAAGGAAUUCUCCAAAAAGCUCCAGUCACUACAGUCUGAACUCCAGUUUAAAGAUGCAGAGAUGAAUGAAUUAAGGACAAAGCUUCAGAGCAGUGAACGAGCAAAUAAACUAGCUGCUCCCUCCAUUUGCCAUGUCAGUCCUAGGAAAAGCCCUUCUGUGGUUGUAAAGCCAGAAGCUUGUUCUCCACAAUUUGGAAAACCGCCUUUCCCUACGAAGGAGUCUUUUAGUGCUAACAUGUCCCUUCCCCAUCCAUGCCAGACAGAGCCAGGAUGCAAGUCCCUGGUGGCCAGAGAGGUUUCAGAGACUAAGAUCCAUAGUCUGGGAGGUGACCCCAUAAAGCAGGAAGAGUCCCAGAAAAGUCUUGUUGACAGCUGGAUGCAGAAGUCAAACACUCAAGGUUCCAUUUUGAUAAACCUUCUCCUGAAGCAGCCUUUGAUCCCAGGGUCAUCCCUAGGUCUGUGCCACCUCCUCAGCAGUUGUCCUGAGGCCCCUGCCGGCACCUUGUUGCAGCUACCAGGGUUUGGCAGUACCUUGAUUGGGAUUUCAGGCCUGAGGACAACAGGUUCUCGCGAUGGGUCAUUUCCCCUCUUGGCUCUGAGAGAAGCACAGAACCUGGCACUGACUGGACUGAAUCUGGUGGCCAGAAAUGAAGGCUCCUAUGACAAAGACCCAGCAGAGGGAGGCAGAAUGGCCUUCCCGCUCUGCCAGCUUCGUGGAGCAGUGCAUCUCCUCCCCCUGGUACAGUUCUUUAUCAGCUUACACUGCCAGGCUCUGCAGGAUUUGGCAAUAGCCAAAAGAAGCGGAGCACCUGGGGACUCACCAACACAUCCCCCCUGCGUGAGCUCUGGGGUAGAGGCCAGCCCCGAGGACUCAGUUUGCAACCUGGAAGGCUUCUCUGUGGCUUCACUGAACAUCCUUCAGCACCUGGUGUGCCACAGCGGAGCAGUUGUCUGCAAGUUACUGUCAGGAGCCGGUGCAGAUUCUGCUGUUAGGGAAGGAGACCAGAGUCUGGUUCAUGGACAUGGUCACGGGAAUGUGACCUCAGCCCCAGGGGGGCUUGCCAAUGACCAAAGCCAGCAUCCACUAUUGAAGAUGCUUCUUCAGCUCUUGGCUUUAUCUUCUGCAGCAACAGGUCACCUUCAAGCCAGUAUCCUCAGCCAGUGCCUUAAGGUUUUGGUGAAAUUAGCUGAAAAUGCUUCCUUCGAUUUCCUGCCCAGGUUCCAGUGUGUGUUCCGGGUACUGCCACAGUGCCUCAGCCCAGAGACACCCCUGCCUAGUGUGCUGCUAACUGUUGAGCUCCUGUCCCUCCUGGUGGACCACGAGAAGCUCGCACCUCAGCUCUGCUCCCACCCGGAAGGCUGCCUCCUCCUGCUGCUGUACAUGUACAUCACGUCAAGGCCCGACAGAGCGGCCUCGGAGACACAGUGGCUUCAGCUGGAACAAGAGGCUGUGUGGCUCCUGGCUAAGCUUGGUGUGCAGAGCCCCUCCUCCCCAGUCACUGGCUCCAGCUGCCAGUGCAACGUGGAGGUGGUCAGAGCACUCACAGUGAUGCUGCACAGACAGUGGCUGACGGUGCGGAGGGCAGGGGGGCCCCCGAGAACAGACCAGCAGAAGCGGACAGUGCGGUGUCUGCGGGACACGGUGCUGCUGCUGCACAGCCUGUCCCAGAAGGACAAGCUCUUCACUGUGCACUGCGUGGAGGUCCUGCAUCAGUAUGACCAGGUGAUGCCCGGGGUCAGCACGCUGAUUCGAGGGCUUCCUGACGUGACAGACUGUGAAGGUGAGCGGUGGCAGGGCCCCUUCCUGCUCCAGCCCACGUGUGGGGUUUGCCCCCAAAUCCAUGGGCAAGUCAGACUUCCUGGCCGUAGAUCAGCAGCACUCCAUCCACACAGCCUCUGCCAGCACUGGGGCCAUUCUUGUCUUCCCGCUCUGGGUCUUCUCUGA